GACUCUGAUGCUUAUCAACAAGGCGUGAAGAUUGCAAUAAGGAUCCUCCCUGGCAGGCGAGGAGGAGUGACUUGCGGGGGGCUGGGCGGGGGCGGGGUGCCGCGCGGCUGUCGCCUAUAAGGAGGCGCCCAGCGCCCGGCCGCCGCUUCCCGCCGCAGCGCGCGAGGGGCUUCCCGCGGCGCCGGAGCGGGCUGGGCUGGGCUGGGGCGCGCCGCCGGCCCCGGCAGCGGCUCCUCCGGGGGCGGGGAGGGAGGUUCCCCCCGCCGGCCCCGGCUCCCCUUCCCCCGGAGCGCCUGGAUGCUGGAUGGAGUAAAUGCGCGGAGGAAGAGGGAGCGCGCAGAGGCUGAGAGAGGGACCGGGGGAGACGGGCGGGCGGCUGGCUUCCCCCUCCGGGGCCGAACAUGGAUUCCCGAGCCCUCUGGGGCGUCACUCUGCUGCUCUUCAGUUUGUGGCACCUGGGAUUAACCGCAACAAAUUAUAAUUGUGAUGAUGCAUUGGUAUCUCCCUUACCUUCAACAGCCCUUACCAGUUCCUCUGAGCUCUUCAGUUCUCACAGUCCCAGCUUUGCAAAGCUCAACAGGCGAGAUGGAGCUGGUGGCUGGUCCCCGCUGGACUCAAAUGAGCAGCAGUGGCUCCAGGUUGAUCUGGGAGAUAGAGUGGAGAUUGUUGCGGUUGCCACCCAGGGCAGGUAUGGGAGCUCUGACUGGGUAACCAGCUAUAUGUUGAUGUUCAGCGACACCGGCCGCAACUGGAAACAGUACAGACAAGAUGACACCAUCUGGGUUUUCACAGGGAACAGCAAUGCUGAUAGUGUGGUUCACCACAAAUUUCUGCACUCCAUGAAAGCCCGCUUCUUGCGCUUCAUCCCUCUGAAGUGGAAUGUUGGUGGGCGGAUAGGACUGAGAGUUGAGGUCUUCGGCUGCUCCUAUAAGUCAGAUAUUGCAGACUUCGAUGGCAGAAGCUCACUCCUCUACAGGUUCAAUCAGAAACUUAUGAGCACAUUCAAGGAUGUGGUUUCCUUGAAGUUCAAGAGCAUGCAGGGGGAUGGAGUCUUAUUCCAUGGAGAAGGACAACGUGGAGACUAUAUUACCUUGGAACUGCAGAAAGGAAAACUCUCCUUGCACAUCAACCUGGGAGACUCCAACCUGCACUUCAGUAACAGCCACACAUCCGUCACCCUGGGCAGCCUCCUGGAUGAUCAGCACUGGCACUCGGUUCUCAUAGAGCGCUUCAACAAGCAAGUGAACUUCACGGUGGACAAGCACACCCAACAUUUCCGAACGAAGGGCGAUUCAGAUCACUUGGAUAUUGAUUAUGAGCUCAGUUUCGGAGGGAUUCCUGUUCCAGGGAAGCCAGGAACCUUUCAGAGGAAAAAUUUCCACGGGUGCAUUGAGAACCUUUAUUACAACGGAGUCAAUAUAAUUGACCUCGCAAAAAGGCGCAAACCUCAGAUCUAUACUGUGGGGAACGUGACCUUUUCUUGCUCAGAACCACAAAUCGUUCCUAUCACCUUUGUCAGCACCAGUCGAAGCUACUUGCUACUACCUGGGACUCCUCAAAUUGAUGGUUUGUCAGUCAGUUUCCAGUUUCGAACAUGGAAUAAAGACGGCUUACUUCUGUUCACUGAAUUGUCUGAAAAUUCGGGACCCCUCUUGGUUUACCUCCAUGGUGGGAGAUUGACACUACUUAUUCAGAAAGAGACAGAGAACCCAGUGGAAAUCAGUGAAGGCACCAACCUCCACGAUGGGCUUUGGCAUUCUGUUAACAUCAAUGCUAGAAGACAUCGCAUUACCCUGACACUGGAUAACAACGCUGCCACUGCUAGCCAUGCAACCACUGUCUCAAGGAUCUACUCUGGAAACAGCUACUAUUUUGGAGGGUGCCCUGACAAUUUCACUGAUUCCCAAUGUUUAAAUCCCAUUACUGCUUUUCAAGGCUGUAUGAGGCUCAUCUUUAUUGAUAACCAGCCCAAGGACCUCAUUUUAGUUCAGCAAGGCUCCCUGGGGAAUUUUAGUGAUUUACACAUUGAUCUGUGUGGCAUCAAAGACAGAUGUUUACCCAACUACUGUGAGCACGGAGGAAAAUGUUUUCAGUCCUGGACCACCUUUUACUGUGAUUGUAAUGAUACAGGCUACAUGGGAGCUACCUGUCAUAACUCUAUCUAUGAACAAUCUUGUGAGGCUUACCGACACCAAGGGAAGACGUCAGGUUUCUUCUACAUCGAUUCUGAUGGUAGUGGACCACUUGAACCACUCCGCGUUUUUUGCAAUAUAACAGAAGACAAGAUCUGGACUGCAGUGCAGCACAACAACACAGGGCUAACCAGAGUCCAAGGAGCUGAUCCGGAGAAGCCGUACACCAUGUCCUUUAACUACAACAGCAGUGCAGAGCAGCUUGAAGCCAUGAUAAACAGUGCAGAGUACUGCGAACAGGAGGCAGCCUACCACUGCAAAAAGGCACGUCUCCUGAAUACCCCAAAUGGAAUGCCAUUUGCUUGGUGGGUUGGCCGUGCCAAUGAAAAGCAUCUUUACUGGGGAGGAUCUCUUCCGGGCAUUCAACAGUGUGCGUGUGGACUGGAAGAAAGUUGUCUGGAUAUGAGAUAUUUUUGCAACUGUGACGCAGAUAGAGAAGAAUGGGCAAAUGAUACCGGCCUCCUUGCUUUCAAAGACCAUUUGCCUGUAACUCAGAUAGUCAUCACUGACACGAACAGAUCAAAUUCUGAGGCUGCUUGGAAAAUCGGCCCUUUGCGUUGCUAUGGAGACAGGCAGUUCUGGAACGCUGCUUCCUUCAACACGGAGGCUUCCUACCUGCACUUCCCCACCUUCCACGCCGAGGUCAGCGCAGACAUCUCCUUCUUCUUCAAAACUUCCGCUGUCUCUGGGGUAUUCUUGGAAAACCUUGGGAUUAAAGACUUCAUACGAGUUGAAAUUAACUCCCCCAAAGAGAUCACCUUCUCCAUAGAUGUUGGGAAUGGCCCCACAAAAGCCACCGUGCAGUCUCCCACACCCCUGAAUGACAACCAGUGGCACUACGUGCGAGCGGAGAGGAACCUCAAGCAAACCUCCCUCCAGGUGGACAACCUCCCUAAGAAGGUUCUGGAGGCACCUGCGGAGGGGCACUUCCGCUUACAGCUCAACAGCCAGCUCUUUGUAGGGGGAACAGCUUCCAGACAAAAGGGCUUUUUGGGGUGCAUUCGAUCUCUGCAUUUAAAUGGGCAGAAACUUGACCUUGAAGAGAGAGCUAAAAUGACACCUGGUGUUAAACCUGGAUGUCCAGGACAUUGCAGCAGUUACGGUAACCUGUGCCAUAAUGGAGGAAAGUGUGUGGAGAAGUAUAAUGGUUACUCCUGUGACUGUACCAGCUCAGCCUACGAAGGACCUUUCUGCAAGGAAGAGGUUUCUGCAGUAUUUGAAGCCGGCACUUCCAUUACCUAUAUUUUCCAAGAACCUUAUCCUGUCACAAAAAAUGCAAGUACCCCAAGCUCUGCCAUUUAUGCGGAUGCUGUCAUGUCCAAGGAAAAUAUUGCAUUUAGCUUUCUCACAGCGCAUACUCCAAGCCUUCUGCUGUACAUCAACACCUACUUUCAUGAAUAUUUGGCUGUGAUCCUCUCCAAGAAUGGAAGUUUACAGGUCCGAUACAAGCUGAGUAAGGAUGGGCUCCUCAUUUUCACCAUUGACUCUGGAAAUUUUGCCAACCGAGAGAUGCACCAUUUGAAGAUUAACAGAGAAGGCAGAGAGCUCACCAUUCAGGUUGACCAAGUUCUCAAACUCAAACACAACUUUUCUGAGAUUGAUUUUAAGGCCAUUAAAUCACUCACACUGGGCAAGGUCACAGAUAGUUUGUCACUGGAUCCUGAAGUCGCAAAGGCAAAUGCCUAUGGUUUCACUGGCUGCCUGUCCUCUGUUCAGUACAACCACAUUGCUCCCCUGAAAGCUGCCUUACGCCAUCCCAGCAUUGCUCCAGUCACUGUCAAAGGCUCCUUGACUGAAUCCAGCUGUUCAUCCAUAAUGGAAGCUGAUGUGAACACGGUAACCACGAUAUAUUCCUCAUCAGAUCCUUUUGGGAAGACAGAUGAAAAAGAGCCUCUCACCAAUGCAGUCAGAAGCGAUUCAGCAGUGAUUGGAGGUGUAAUUGCAGUUGUGAUAUUCAUCAUCUUUUGCAUCAUUGCCAUCAUGAGCAGAUUCCUCUAUCAACACAAACAAGCACAUCGAAGUAGCCAGACAAAGGAGAAGGAAUACCCAGAAAACCUUGAGAGCUCCCUUAAAGCUGAUAUUGACUUGCAAAACACAGUGACCGAGUGUAAACGGGAAUAUUUCAUCUGAUGGACAGCGCAAUUUCUUCUUAAUCUUACUCCCCUAACCUUCCUUCCUUUAUCCCCUUCUUCCUUCCUUUUUUCUUUUGGUAAUUUUUUUUUUUAACAUUCAUUUUUUGCUAACUUCUUUUUCAUUUGGAAAAGACCGCCCUGCACAGGAAACACUGAAAACAGUCACAGUGCCUCAUUCUCUGCACAAGAACCUGGCAGUCACAGUUUACUUCUGCAGUUCAAGAGACCUGUUAUCCCACCCUACACAAAACAAUAUCCACAUACACACCUAGUUUCUGCUGUAGGUUCGUGGAUGUUUCAAAGUCCCUACAUUUAUUUAUGUUUUAGUUUGGAGCCCUUUAGUUCAUCACUUUUACACUAGAGCUGGACUAUGUAAACUAGAGGUAAAGUAGCUGAACACAUAGCUCUACAGAUACUGGGACAGGAUAGAGGGGAAGAAUGAGACCACAACGCCUGAUGUAUUUUACAGGCUCAUUUACAACAAUCAUAAAGAACUGGCCAAAUUCUCAAAUGAUAUGAAUUGAUAGAUAUCUACUGAUUUCAGUAGUGUUACAUUAAUUUAUACCAGUUGAGAAGCUGGUAUGAGAUAAGGAAAUAUAAACCUGUCCUCAUUAAGCUCCUUCCCCCAACCUCCUGUUGUUUUACUGUAACUUUUAGGCUUAUCAGUACUUUUCCAACAAUAUAUGUAUCAACAAUAAAUGUCAUUCCCGUGCACCUCUUUCACCUCCAUCUCAUAAGGCUGGCUAUGUAGACCCAAGGUACUCUAGCAUAACUCUAGCUGAAGCAUGGAAAAUAGUAGCUUGAAUCUCCAAGGGUUUUAGGAAGCUGCUAGGACUUAGGUGCUCUAUAUUUGUCUGAAAUGUUAGAAAUGCAGCAUAUACCUGUUCAUGCCAUAUGGAGGAUUAUCUCGCACUGAGGUUAAACACUGUUGCUGCUGUGGCAAAGAAAAAGUACAUAGGCAAGAAAAAACAAAAAUAGUUUAAACAUGAGUCACACCUUCCGCCAGUUCUUCUAAAAAAAAAUAAUAUCCAACUACUCACACCUCCCCAAAAAAAAACCCAAACACAAACAACAACAACCCAACCAAAAAAACCUGCAUGAAAGUUUGAUUGGUAUUUCCUGCUUGUAGAAAUUGGAAUAUUUUUGCCAAAUCUAGAGAGGUCUGAUGUCAUGAUGUCAUGUCCUGAUGUCAUGUCUAAAAAGGUUAAUAUUUAAUCAUCCCUGUUUACAAGGAAGAGCAACAAGGAAGAGCAUUAGGGAAACAGAUUAAAAAAUAUCUCAAAUACUAUACUUCAAAUUAAUCUUCUCUCCUGUUUUUCUAAAGUCUUCUGUCCUUUCCUGAUUAGGAACAAUACUGAAGACUCAGACCCUGCCCAUUUCACUUGUGCUGCACGGUUUCACUGUGAGGCUGAAAAACCUUGUUUUCCCUCACAGACAUCCCGUGGGUGAGAAGUGGAGAAGUCCCACCGAGGGAGGUUUCCACACCCUGCUUGUGUCCGUGUGACAUGCUGCCUUCGCAGGGCUUCUGAGGACUGUAGAAUUUGCUGUCAGUCUUGGAGGUUUCUGACAGGAGUUAAAUCAGUCCAACAGCUAAGAAAAAGAAAUAGUUAUUGGAGUACUCUUAAUAAGGUAUAAUUCAAGAUAAUUAAUUGUGCAGCUGAAUUUCUUUCUUUGCCCUCUACAUCCUUCUGCAGUCAUCCUGGGGUUUCCGCAUGGUGAGCCUUUUUACAUAGACUAAAAUCAAAGAAUCGCAGUAUGAGUUAGUAACCCACAGCAAACUAGAGAUGAAGUUACACAUGCAACAGAUGCUAUUUUUCCAGGCAGUGCAUCACAAAGGUACGUAGCUGGUUAUUUUUAUGAUGGGAGGAGGGGACAGACACAGACAAGGAAGAAUAGAUAAAUGACAGUUUGGGUAUGGUGUUUCUUCACUACUUCUUUUGGAAGACUUCAGAAGUAACAACCCGUGAAGAGAAAGCAAUCUUGGAAUGAUAUUGCUCUCAAGUGAAGAGGAAUAUGUGAGGCCAGCCCUAUAACCAGAACUCUAACCAAACAAUUUUAUAAAACCAUUUAUGCUGAAAUUAUAUUGCUGCCAUUCUUCCUUGAUCGUGGUCAGCAGCAGCUCUUUUGCCUCAUGCUGGCUGUUUGCAUGAUACCUGAUUACUUGAGAGUGUUUCUGCAUGAUGAGGUGUGUAAUGAUGGACUCAUUAGCUGUGUUCCUUUUACGUUGCUUUAUCUUUUGCAGUGAAAUCCUAGCAAAGCAAUUUUCCUCGCCUUCUUUCCUUCCUUCCCCCAGAAAAAGCUGCUUUGUUUGGCAUGGCAUGAGGGGAGGAAUACGUGAGUGCGUGGGCUCCUCUGCCCGUGUUUGAGUCAUCUGAUCUGAAAUGGCCUCUGCAUGAAAGAUCUCUGAAGUCCUAAUGUACUUAAUUGGCUUUAUGAAGAACGGAAUAGGAAGGAAUGGGAAGUCCACAGGUCUGUAUUUUCCUCUUGCCAAACUAACAGAUGCAAAUCACCCUUCUGCUUUCCUAUGUGUUAGUUCCCAGGACUAACAUUUCUGUAAAGGGCAACAAUAAAGCUCAAAGCAGCUCCAGCAGUGGAGUAGCUGGAAAAGGGAGACGGAGCAAUGAAGCAAAGUCCUCUCAUUUCUCAAGUGACUAAAUUACUUUCAGUCAUCUUAGGGCCUGAUUCAGCAAGAUGCUGAGCUUUUUCAAGGACGCUCAAGUUCCCUUCCCCAAAUAUAGAUACUAGAGUUGCAGCAAACAUUUCAGAUACAGCUCAGUGGCUCAGUCCUGGGUGGAAGCCCAGACCUGGAAAAACAGUGUAAGUGGUUGGUUUGUCCAUUUUUUCUUAUCCUCAUUUAAUCUCGCCCAGACUAGUAAAACUCCUUGAGAAUGCAGCUACAUCGGUAUGCAUCCAUGAAAAGAAAGAACUGCACAUACAUAAAUGCAUGCGUGAGUAUACAGAAACACAUGCAUCUAUACUCAUGGAUGUAAUGAGAUAUGAAUGGUUAUAUGCUACAGGGCUGGACAAAUGAACACAUUUGUAUGGACUUGCCAUUUUAAAAUCCUAUGUUCUAAAUCAGGAUAUCAAUAUUCUUAUUAAAAAGUAGCUAAAAGAUACCAUAUGAAGUACCCUAAUGCUCUUUUAUCCCCCCCCCCCCCCCGUUUUGUUUUUUUUGUUGUUGUUGUUAUAAUGCUCUCUUUAGUGAGGGAAUAAUCUGGUUUAUUUCAGUACCAGUUAACAGCAAUUAAAAAUAUUUUUUUAAAAAAAAAAAGAGAAAAAUGCAAUUACAAAAAAAAAAUCUACCAGCGUUCAAAUUACUUUCAUUUUCUAUAGUUCAAAUUAUAAUUUUUUCCCAUCUAUUACAAACCAUUUCUGCUAUUUUUGUUAAAAUUGCUCUUUGAAUGGUGGGUGGGGGUGAGGGUUGUCUUUUCUUUUUUCUUUUAGCUAUCAUUCUAGAUAACAUUUUUCAGUAAACGUAGGGGAUAAUACUUUUCAUAUGUAAAAUGUCAGGAUUUAUUUUAAUGGAAAACCUGAGAAUAUCAAAGAAUUGUUUGGGGUUUCUUCCUUCUAUUAAGACAAGUUUCAUAACAAAAGUUAAGGGGUUGGUAGAAGGGUGCUAGGUCUGGUUUUUUACUCCUGGUGAUAAUAGUGUGUAACCUCUGAAAAUUGUUAUUGCUAUGCAGGGAUUUUUAGGCUAUGAAAUGUCUUAAGUCACUUAAAUAUGGAUUUAGGCACUGCAAAUUCUUGUUUUCCAGAAAUUAAUUGGCCAAUAACAACCAUGCUUAUAAAAAUAUUUAGUUAUGCAAAAUCUGAGUUGGAUGCCUAGAAGGUCUGUUUGAGAGCCCUGGUGGCUGGCUAUAGAAAAAAAUAAAGGCUGUCUGUCAAAAAACAAAAUCCCACUAAUGUUCCAUGAGACAUAAGCUGUCACCUGAGUGAAGUGUGGCCAUUCAAAGGAAUUUAGUUGCCUGAGGAUAUGGAUCAAUUCUAAGUGACUAAACAAGAUGAGCACUUAAAUUAAUUUCGGUUGGAUUUCUGCUUCUCCGUUGCUGUGAAAUGUUUUGAAAUAAUUUUCAAAAAUAUUUAAAUAUUUUAUACUGUUCCAUUUCUCUUCUGGAAAUAAAAUGCUGGUCCUAAGUCAGUCACCUGUGUAAUUUGCACUAAGUGUUUCAUCUGUUGUUAUUCACUUACCAGAGAUAGGACAGUGUAUAUUUUGAGUAAAUUUUUAAAACUUUUUUUAAUUUUCUUCUUCUUGCCUGGCACAGCACUUAGAUUAUGUCUGCAGUGAAAACAAAGCCAAACAAGAGACAGGCUUUUAACUCACAUUGGCUAAACCAGGAUUCUCAUCUGGGUGAACAUAGUUGUGAAAACAAGCCAUUUAGGGCUGUCCUGUUAUCAGGUUGUAUUCAGCCAUGAGACUUCUCUGACAUUUAAGUUAAAACUGAUUGCCAAAUACAAACAUGAGAUGCUUGCUUUCUGUUUUAUUUUAACCUGUUCUAGCUAGACGUAACCCAUCCGAUUUAGCAAUUGCUUAGUUUUUACAGUCUAAGCCAAGCCCUUAUUUUAAUGAGAUGUUUGUCUAUAUUAGCAUUUAGCUGAUCACAUAUUUCACAUAUUGGGUGAGAAACAAUCGAUACAUCAUAUAGUUUCACCAUGGUGAGGGGAUAUGAAUCUUCUUCUAAUGAAGUCAGCUAUUGAUUUUGCUGAGCAUAAGAUUGAGUCCUAGACCUACGGAAGCACUAAAGAUUGCUAUUAUCUGAGUCUUUUGGGUUUGUUUCAUUUUGCAUUUGGUUUUACAGGCUACCUGUUUUACACUUGUCAUCCAGUCCUGUCCUGUGGUCAGUGAGGACAGAGCAAAUGUCUCAGACAUCUUGUAAGAUUAAGUGUAUCACUCUCUAGAGGUGCAUCUUUCUCUCCAUUGAUUACAGAGACAGGGUUGGGCUCCUGGCAAUAGGUUAACUACUUCUAGCUGAAUUUGCCUACGUAUAGGAAUCUAUACUAAUCUUGCAGCUCCAGUAGAUACAUCUGCUGUCUUCAGGUCUUAAAAGAAACCUUCUUUUUAUUGAGAUGCCAGCUGGGAUUAAGGAAGGACACCUCCUUGCAUCUGAAAUUACACUAAGCAUCUCUGCUUAGGAAAUGCAUGCAUCUACUUAUAGCUGAAUAUAUGAAAAUCAGGUAUCAAAGCACGCGUUUGAGUCAGUGGCCACCUGAUUAGUAAUUUAUGGGGCUUGGGAGAGGAUAACUCUGUUCUAGACCCAAGAUCCAUUCAUUCUCUCGUGUAGGAGCUUUGGCAGAUAGCAUACAUGUACACAGAUCUACACAAAUUUCAAAAUCCAAAGCUAACUCAGACCCCUAAGAUGCCUCUCUAGCCCUAUGUGUCUGGUGCCAUUUGAGAUGAGUUUCUCUCAUGUCUCACACCUGCUAGCCCCAAGCAGGUAUGUCUGAUACUAUAAUUUGAAAAAGCCAACAGGUAAGUGGCCAUCCAGAACCCCUAAGUUCUUGAUAAAUGAGUUGUGUGGUUUAGGUCUCUUGAAGAAUCACCAUCAAACAUAUUAACGAAAUCAUUCUAAUAUGAAUUUGUGGGAGUGUGACUUCAAAGUUCAGUGGCAGUGUUCACUCCAUUACUUACUACAUAGAUAAAUCACAGAGAGAAUCAAAUUAAAAUUAAGCUGGAAUGAUUUACACAGAGACUAAAAAUUUAAAAGGCUAAGGGAGACCCUCCUAUUGAGUCACAAGGUUCAGAGACACCUUUGCUUUCUAAACUCUUAACAGAGCUUAUGUGUGGCUAGAUCCAAUCUUAUUCUCAGAUUUGGACAAUGGUUUAUAUCUAAAAGAUGUGUAAUAUUUGUUCACAGUUUAAGGUUGAUCACAAGAUUUUAGCAACACUUAAUCAGUAACUAAUUUAUUAUUUACAAAGUGGAUCAAUAGGAUUUACUUAAAUAACAAAAGUGGUUUAACUAUGGAUUUAAAAUGGUAAUACUUACACUAUACUUACUAUGCGGUACCUAAAUCAAUUCACACACACAUGCACACAGUCACAAAUGAAUAAGAUGUAUUAAGUUAUAUAUACAAAUGUAUAAAGGUAUACAUGUUAAAAGUUCCCCUCCAGUCCAGUGAAAUAUUCAUGUUGCAUGCCUUUGCAUUUCUCAAUGGGCAAAAGGCUGAGCCUCAAGGAGUGGGGGUAUCAGCUGAGGCUCCAGCUUUAGCUUUUAGUGAUGGUCCUCCUAAUUUUACAGACUUUGGAGUUUGCAAGCUGAGAGGUAUUCCACUCAGAGCGAGAUGCUGUUUGCAGCUACUGCAGUCCCGGAUAGCUCAAUAGGGCCUCACUGUUUAUAGGGUUGGAGAUGGCUUUAGUCAACAGUAUAUUUCCAUCCUGGCUACAGUCUAAGUAGAUAAUUACUGGAAUUUUUCAGAAGUCCAGUGACAGUGGUACUGUACCACUCGGAUAAGGAAUGUUCCAAGCCUUGUUAGGAUAUGUUAGGAUUCAGAUAAGGAAUGUUUCCAGUACAGCCAGUGCCAUUUUCCCCCUCAGCCCUGCAAGACUUGCUGGUACGGUCAAGGGACGCAUAACUGCCCAACUCAUUUCACAGAGGCCAAGGCCAAAUGGGGAUUCCUGAGAUCGUAGAGCAGUCCAGGGGAGGGUGCAAGAUAAUCCUGUCUUCAAAACAAAAUCAAUCUUCCUUUCCAUCCAUGAAAACCAAUCAGCUAGUGUCCCCUUCACCUCAGCUUAACAAGAGUGUCACAGGAGACAGAAUGUGACUUUGUGCUCCACCAUCUCAUGGCAUUGUUUGUUACCAUCACCUACACGACGCUUACACUGAAGAAGAUCAGUUUCAAGCGUUGUUCUACACUGACAGCUUUUCACAGACACAAAGGUUUUUUGUUCUGAGUAUUUUUAAAUUAUUUUUCAGAAAGCAACACUUUGUAAAAAACAAGCAAAAACUGGGACCUUGUGAAGCUUUGUAAGACAAGUGCUAUUUCAAAGCUUUCAUUCAGUUUUGUAAUGCCUACUUACCAAACGAGCCAAGUGAUAGUUAUAUCCCUGCCGAACGAAGGGCCUUAUUCAGAGUCUUUUGGGGGUUUAUGAGAAACCUCUUUGUUGACUGCAGUUAAGAGUUGCCCUUGGGGGUUUUGUUGUUGGGUUAUUUUUUCCCACAAGUUACUAUCACAGUUUCAAAGCACGAUUUGUUCCCUUGGUUCUGCGCUUUGCUGCACUUCCUUUCCCAAUGAAAAUUUCUUCGCAUCCCCUUUUGGUGUGGGCGGCCCUCUCCUCCAUGCUCCUUUUGUUGUGAAACUUCUAAACACACUCUCAUUUUGGGUCUGAAGUAGCUUUUUUCUUUGGUUGUUUAUUUUGAGUCAUGCAUAUAGGCGGUUGGGUAUUUCUGUAUAUUGGUACUUAUUUUUGUGAUCUUUUGCACUAAGUUACUCUGACAAAAACUGGGGGGAAAAAAAGCACACUUUCUGGUGAACUAUUGUAAUCUGUAAGCUCGUUGUUUGUUGUUUGUAAUGUACUGAGUCUACAAGCCCAGCUAAGGAAGGAUUAAGGCAACAGUUUGUGUUGAUAGUGUCACUCCAUGUCUAGUUCACCUCUGUUUUCUUUUUCUCUCCUUUUUUCUUUAACAGGUGAGACAAUCAAAUUGAUGGUAGGAGGCAGAGGAACUUGUGUUACAGUUCUAAGAUUAUGAUUUUUGUCCUGGCAGUCACAGAAACCAGAAAUUCGAAGAAAUUACAUGAUUCUCAGAAUGUCAGCCAGGUGUUCAACCAGAAGGGAGGCUGCACUCCAGCAUGGAGAUGUAGUCACCUAGAGGUGGUGACCUGUAAGGGGGAGUGGGGACAUAACACUCCAAAUUACAACUGCAAUGAGGCAGUGCAAGAUCAAAAGCUCUCAGAAAGGUUAUGCUGUUGGAAACAAGGCAUGGUAACCAUCAGGUUUCAGGUCUUUUGCCACAAUUCAUUUUUGCCAUUGAAUGAAUUACUAGUUAGCCUGCUAAAACAUAGCCUCAAUUGUCCUGAUGAUCUGUAAAGUACCAGAGAUGUGCUUCAACCAUGGGAGAGGAUUUCAAACCUCUGGCUGACUAAUCUGCAUCUCUCCAGUUACAUCCCUGGUGCUCUCCCCGAUACCCCAAAGAAGAACUGUGGAUGGUUUCCCUCAAACAAGUGUAACGUUUAAUGAAAUGUUGGGUACAACAGCUGACCCAAAGAAUGGUGUUUACUUAAAGGCUCUCCUCUCCCCAUCCCUCCCUCACUUAAGAUGUUUGUGGAAACUUUUUUCUAAACUGCUGACUGCUGUUCAUGUUGCAACACCAUUUGCUUCUUUAUAUUCUUGGUCAUUACUUUUCAUGGAUUCCAAGCCCACAAUCUUAAGGAGAAUCCAUCUGAUACAAUUUCUGCAUGGGAAAUUAUUUACUCACUUUUGCAUGCCCUUUACAGUUCCUUCUUGCAUCAUUUAGGCAAACCAUUUUCUGAUGUGUUUUGCCAUUGCUGCCAAUGCUGAGCACGUGUAUCGUUAAGAAAGAAAACUGAUUGCUUCUGAGGUAAAGCUUAGAUACAGCCAGUUGCAGCCUCACAUCCCAUUCAUGGCACAGAGGAGUACUCGGACACCCCAGCCCACUCCAUGAAAUUUCAAAUAAAGGUUAGGAGAGCAAGCAGCUACAUGCUUUUUCAGGCAUCUAGCCAUAAAAAUCUCUACUCUGUGAGUUUUGCAAAUGAAAUAUUUAACAUAGACCAUUAUAUCCAAAUGAUAGCAAGAAGCUAAACAUUUUAGUACUUGACCUGCUUUGAAACCCACUUUGUGAAAGAAACAGAUCCAGCUUCAGACCUAGUUGUAAUCCUGUUGAGGUCAAUGCAGAUACAUCAUAGAUGAAUUUAGCCUUGGAUUACCCUAGGCAAGGGCAGUGAUGAUCUACUGCAAACUGGGGCUGACAUAUAUGAAUUCAAGUCAGGACCUUAUAUUCGUCAUCCCCUACUGCUGUCAACAAGAGUUGCAUUCACUGCAACUGUGUGUGUCUUCUAGCAGAACUGUGGAUAAAACUUGGGAUAAGGCACUGAACUUCAGCUCUAUUUAAGCCCCUGACACGGCUUAAAUCACCUUCAGGAGUUUCUGGAAAUGUGCGUAGGAGGCAGGGUGGUCUGUGGGUGGUGUGUUGUUAACCAACUUGGGAGCCCACCCACAGACUUUGGAAGGAUUUUAAGGGAUUUGAAUAGAGUCCACCCCUGGGUGGCCUGUGGGGACCUGCAUCCUGCCUGAAAAUAUGAAGACACCCUAAAAAGAAAAAAAAAAAAAAAAUGCAAAAAGAGCAGCUUCACAGGCUGUGAAAGCUAGCUGAUAUUAAGUGCUUGUAAUAAUAAAAAAAUUGGUUCUUUCUACAGAUGAGCCCUUCAUCAUUCAUUUUACUUUGUUCUACUAAAAUUACAAUAAAUAAAUCUCUCAGAACAGUGCUCAUUUCAGUAGCAAAGCAAAAAAAAGUACUUUUUUUUCCUUCUUCUUUUAAUGGUUCAUCCAAGGGUAAUGCAAGAGUCUUUCAGUUACAGUAAAAAGCAAAAUGGAGAUUUAGAUUAUUCCCCUUUCACUAUCUGGUUUUCUAAAGAGAAUUCCACAGGACGUUGCCUCAGUCCAAGUCAGUUUUGUAGACAAUGUAAAAUGUCUUAAUACACUGUUCGGGGACUGAAUAAAUUUAGCCUUAGCUUUUUUUGUUUUCUAUGGUUACUGUUGUACAGAAGAAAGACUUAAACUGUAACUAAUGUAUAUUUAAUAAAAAGAGACUUUUUGUAUGA